AUGGCAUCCGAGGCCACAUGGACCGUCAGCGCCGCCGUCGUUGUCAUUGUUGCUGUUGACGCCCAGGAUGCCACAGGAUCAAUUUGUAAAGAAAUCACUGGGUAUACAUUUUCCUUUUCUUUCUGUCGACAGGCGAGGGGUCUGAAGAAGCAUGUGAAGAGGCUCAAUGCCCCUAAACAUUGGAUGGUUGAAAAGCUUGGUGGAGCAUUUGCACCUAAGCCGUCUUCUGGUCCCCACAAAGCUAGGGAGUGCUUGCCAUUGAUCCUUAUGCUCAGGAACAGGCUGAAGUAUGCUCUGACCUAUAGUGAAGUUGUUUCGAUCAUGAUGCAGCGACAUAUUAUGGUUGAUGGGAAGGUUAGGACUGACAAGACAUAUCCUGCUGGAUUCAUGGAUGUUGUGUCAAUUCCGAAGACAGGGGAGAACUUCCGCCUUCUUUACGACACCAAGGGUCGCUUCCGUCUCCACAGCAUCAAGGAUGAGGAGGCUAAGUUCAAGCUCUGCAAGGUUAGGACUGUGCAAUGUGGGCAGAAGGGUGUCCCUUCCCUCAACACCUACGACGGCCGCACCAUCCGCUACCCUGACCCUGCCAUCAAACCCAACGACACCAUCAAGAUUGACCUGGAGACCAAUAAGAUUGUGGAUUUCAUCAAGUUUGAGGUCGGGAAUUUUGUGAUGGUGACCGGAGGCAGGAACACCGGGCGCAUCGGGGUGAUCAAGAGCAGGGAGAGGCACGAGGGCAGCUUCGAGACCAUCCACGUCGAGGAUGCCCUCGGCCAUCAGUUCGCCACCCGCCUGGCCAACGUCUUCAGCAUUGGCAAGGAUAGGAAGUCGUGGGUCUCUCUUCCCAAGGGCAAGGGCAUCAAGCUCACCAUCAUUGAAGAGGCAAGGAAGCGCAUUGCUGCGGCUUGAUUUCAGAACCCUCCUGGAAUAAAUAAAUGGAUUAGUUGUGACUUGUGAGGAGUCAUUUAGAAUGUUAGAUGUUCCUAUUGGAGACGAGCCAUGUUUUAGUUCUGCGUUUGACAUUCGUUGAACUGUUCUAGUUGUUGCGUUACUUUGAGCACUGAAAGUAAUUGAUAAAAAUAAAUUGUUUUGCCGAUCUUU